UAUUAUACCUAUGUCUAUAUACAACAUUUUCAUUUCUUACUUGUGUUAUUCAAAUAUUACUUUUCCAGUUUUGCGUUUAGACAUUCAACUAUUAAUUUUGCUUCUACACAUAAUCGGUUUAAUAAUAUGAAUUAAAAUAUUCAUAGCUUAUUGAUUGUAUUAUUGCGGCCUCGAGUAUGAUUCGAGAGUUUUAUUGAUAUUAUAAUUUCUUAUUCGACUAAACACCUAUAAGACGUCAAAAUGAUUGAAUAUUCAGAUCCGGAAUUCGAAAAGAAGCUUAUGCUCUUAAAAGACACCCAGGACGCAAUUCAAUCAUUGUCUUCGUGGUGCCUUAAACGACACGAACAUUACAAAAGCAUAAUCGCUAUCUGGUUAAAGGGUAUUAGGAAGGUGAAGAUUGAGAAACGCUUGACUUUGUUUUAUUUAGCCAAUGAUGUCAUACAAUAUAGUAAGAAAAAGAAUUACAAGUUUAUUGACGGAUGGGCUACUGCUAUUCAAAAAGCUAUCCCCUAUGUUAGAGAUGAAAAAAUACAAUCUAAAAUUUUAAGAAUUAUUAAAAUCUGGGAAGAAAGAGGUGUUUAUGAUGAUAGUUAUUUGGCUGAUUUAACUGGUUUGUUAACUACACCAAUUCAGAAAUUAAAAUUAGCUGAUCCAGUACAAGAAUUUCAAAUACAUGCAUUGGCAGUUAAAAUACGUUCUUGUGUUAAACUGGAACAGAUUACAGACUUGAAGAUGAAGAAUUUAAGAGAAGCUAAUCUACCUCUUACUAAUAAUGAAGCUAUACAAAACAUGUUAAAAGAUCGAACACGGAGUCACGAGUUUCUUAAUGAAUUAAAUGAUGGCAUGUUAAAAAUUGAAAGUUACAUUAAAUGCCUCAAACGAGAAACUAUUGAUCGUGCUCAACUAAUAGAUGCUUUAGAAGUUGCUACAUCUUAUUAUGAAGAACAGAAUGGCGAAGUUAAAACUGUUGCUCAAGCAUAUUUUAAUUACACUAAAAGAGUAAAACUUCUGAAGAGUAAAUUGGAAUCUUUAGUUGGUUCUAUGCCAACAGACAGUCCAAUGCCUUCACCUGAUAUUAACGCACCAUCCCCUUCGAGUUCUUCAGUUUCUAUUGAAGACUUAACUGUACAUAAUAUUAAUUAUGACACUGUAUUAAACUCUGAUAAAUAUAUGAUAAAUUCUUCGAUGGAAAAUAGCAUCAAUGAUUCUGAUAUUUAUGUGCCCACUACAGUUAUCAAUAAUAUUAAAUCAUAUAUUGCUCCUGACACAUACACUACUGUUCAAGAGUUGUAUGAUCCAGCUUCUGUGAGUUUUCCAGCAAUAGAAAAUCAAGAUCAACAACCAUUAACUAGCCAGUUUCCAUAUGAUGCUCCAUCACCACCCCCAGAUGAAACUUUUGCCUAUUCAGCAUUUCCUAAUCAAACGGAUAUAUCAUAUACUAAUGAUAUAAGUAACCAUGAUAAAAGUUCUACAUAUUCUACGAGCAGUUAUGAAGCUUAUGUGCCUACUCCAAUGCCAUCUAGUCAGCAAUUUCUAAAUUCUGAAUUCUCUAAUAAUAUGAUACCUCCUACCAAUUCGUCAUCACUUAUAAAUGAAAAUACUAUACCAGUAUCUCAUGUUCCACAAACAGAUUGGGAUGUAACUGUACAUAAUGAUUGGUCAACAAAUGACACACCAGCAUCACCGCCUUUUCAUGAAAAAAUAUCCUAUCAAAACACUCCCAAUAUUAGUAAAUCUGAUGGAGGGCCAGGAAUUGAUCAUUGUGUUUUAGCAUCAAAAAUAAUAGAUAGAGAUGAACGAAUUCCUCAAGAAAUUAUUACUAAAACUUCUGAUAUUGACCAUAGAAACUUAAUAAGUUUGACACAUUCUCCAAGUAUGAAUUCGUCAGUAGUAUCUGUUGAUGUUGAUUACCGAGCAUUUCCUGGUAUUCCCAUGCCACCAUCACCACCAGCUUUGCUUAUGGAAGCAGUCAGUAAACCACAAAAAGAUAAUGUAGAAAGUGUCGACAUGGAUUUGAGUGAUGAUGAUGAGAAGCCUAAAUCAAACCAUGAUCAAAAACAUCCUGUACUUUUACCUCCACCUCUUCCACCACCAAUGCCUUUUGACUUUGACCAACAAAGUGUACCAGACGUUACAAACCAAUGGGAACAACCAUCCCAACCAUGGAGUCCCACUUUUAAUGAUAACCAGUGGAAUGUAGAACAAUCAGAACCAUGGAAACAUUCUAAUCAGUGGGAAAUAGAGCAAAGUGAUUCAAACUUUGUUCACAAUCAACCUCAACUUCAGUGGCCUCAACAUGCUCAGAGACCAGAUUUUAGGCCAAAAUGGAAAAGAGGAAUUAGUAAUUGGCCAAGAGGAGGCCCUAGAUUCUUACCACCAAAUAGAUGGACUCUGGGACCACGUUUUGGACCGAGGAAUCAACCUUGGUAACCGGACAUCUACGAUUUUGUCAAAAAUGUGGGACUAUGAUUUUGAUGAAGAAUGAGUAAUUGAAAGUGAGAUCACUCAUAUAAUAUAUAUAUAUAAAUGUUUAGUUAAUGUUUUGCAUUUUUUAAUUAAUGUUUAAUGUGUUACCAGUGAUACAUUUGUAGUAUUAUAUAAACAAGCACAAUUUAAUGGAAGGGCUCAGCCAACAGAAUAUCUUGGGUAUUAUUUAACUUUCUUCUUCAAUUAUGUAUACUCAAGUAUAUAUUUUAUUAUUUUUUUUUUUAAUAUUAUUGUUGUAAAGUACAAUAAAUUUUAAAUUAACUUAAAAAUCACACAUUAAAAUGUUAUUAAUAAAAGUAAAUAAUGUUUUAUGAACAAAAUAAAUCCUCCGAGGAAAGUUCUCAAAUUGCGUCCCCAUUAAAUAUUAUGUAUGAAUAAAUAUACUUUAAAAUAUUGUUUAUGAUUUGUAUUACAUUAUUAUUUAUUUUAUUAGUAUAUUGUAAUAUUUAGUGUAUGAUUAGCCUACAGAUAUUGUUUAAUAUGUAUCCUAUUGUUUAUGAAGGUAAUUUUGUUUUCCAAUUAUGAAAGUUGUAAAAAAUAAUUUCCAAGCACGAGUUGAAUAGUAUUCAAGUGAGAUUCUUCAUUCAUUAAUUUUAAAAUAUCGUUGCCAAGAAAUAAUUGAGUUCAGUAAAUACUUAGAUUAUAGUCAAGACCAAUGUAACAAUUAUAACAGUUAAUCUUUACUUUCCUUUCAUAAAUUGUAUCAUUGUUAUCUUGUAUGUUGUCCCUAUCUUAAAAAUAUAGUAAAUUUGCGUUCAGUAAAACCACUAUUGUGUUCUUAGCUUUAAUGUUAGAAUAAACUUACCUAUUAUCAAACCUAAAAUUAAGAACAUAUAUUUAUAUGUUUAUACAUUGACUUUUAUUAUUAUAUUUUAAUUUUUCGCAUUAUAUGAAUAUUUUAAAAUUGUAGUAUUGUACAUACUCAUAAGUUAUAAUCAUAAUAAUUGCAAUUAUUAAAAAUAGUUUAUUAUUUUAAUUAAAAUGUAUUAUAUAAUA